CAAGGUUGGGCGGUCGCUUAGCGCUGUCAUGGCCGCACUAGUUUGUUUUGAAGAGAGUCAAGAAAGUUCCCUCUUGAACAUUUAGCUCCUGCAUAGACGACGUUUUCCAACGCAUAUAGCGACUAUUCUUCAUAACCAAGGAUUAAGGAAUCAUAGACGCAUCUUUGUCAAAACUGGAAGCCUGAUUGCGUAUUGUAAAAGCGAAGAGAACCGUUUUGAUCAAAAACCACAGCUGACUCGAAGAGGCUGACAACGUAAUAUUUUCGCUAAUUUUUCUUGAUUGAAACAUACCCUUCUAUAGGGGAAGAUACUGGGAAAUGUGAUGAGAUGGGUCGUAGAAUACUCGAUACAAUGUGGAUUGGAGGGACAUUAUGGUUCUGUUUGUCCAUAUAGAACCACGUAAAUAUUUGAUAAGUAAAUUGCCUCUGUCAAACAGUUGUGGAGUAUCGACCAGCGACCUUUAGGAAUUGAGCUUUGUUUUGGCCCUUGGAUCGUUCCUCGUGCUUUAAACAACCAAGAACCUUCUAGAUUGGUUUUCACUAUGGAAGAAGCAAGUUUAGAGGAGGCACCGACCAUGUCAGAAACCGAGAAAGCAGAGCUCUCCGAUUUAGAGUAUCAGCCAAGUGCAGAAGACGAGGAUGAGGAGGAAGGAAUGGCUCCAAAGACGAAUCAGGCGAAGUCGGUUAGCUAUCGAGAUGUUCUGUGGAGCUCAGAUGGUGGCCAGGUUGACUAUGAGAGUGAUCCAUCAUCAGAUGUUGACAGAGAUUAUUUCAGUGAUGAAGGUUCUCUUACUGGAAGUAUUGAGGGAGGGGAGCUGGAAGAUGAAUAUGCUUCAGACCCUAUUGUACAACAGACAAGACAGGAGAAACUCCGUCUCUUGGCUUUACGUCGUCAUCUGGAUCAACUGAGUGAACAGGUGUUGGAAAAGGACUACAUGGUCAAACAGUUCAGACAAGAGCUGGUCAAGUGCAGGGAUCAUACACUGGGCCUUGAAAAAGAAAUAGAUGAUGUCCGUAAAAAAAUUGAGGACGCAGAAAACCGGCAAUAUAUGGCAUCACUUGGUCGGCUGAACUCGCAGUACUCCAAGCUGUGCUCUGAGCUUGCAGCGGAAAAAGACGUGGAAAAACAGAUCCUAAAACAGCUAGACGAUGCCGAGUAUGCGCUGGCCCAGGCCACGGUGGAGCAAGGCAAGUUUCUGGUUGCUGGCGAGGAAGUUGAACGGAAUGAGAAGAUGGCAGAGAGGCACAAGACCGAGGCUUCCGCCACGCGCAUCCGGAAGGAGAAUGCAAACGCUGCGCUGGCUGACAGAAGGAGGAAGACCCGGGAGAAAGAGCAUGUGGCAGCACUAAGAGAGAGGGAGAGAAAACACAGACAUGCCCUAGCAGCCGCCAAACGAAACAGAGAGCAAGCUUCUAAAUUCCUCAAAGAAACUAUGUCACGGGUCCGACAACAAGAAGCCGAGGAUGAAGAUAGGUCACGUGAUGACCUCGAGAAUCGAAUCGGUGCGGUGCUGUCACUCAAGCGAAACAUCGAGACCAACAGGGAAAACCUACGAGCGCUACAGGCACGUGAUGCGAAGCUCGCGCUUGAACUCGAAGAGGAGGAGGAGCGCGAGAGGCUGGAGAUUCUUGAGGAAGGUUUAAACCCGGACGAGAUCAUGACCAGACGAAAACGUAUCCGUCAGUUUGAGAAAGAUAAAGAAGCUUUCGAGAAAAGGCAAAGAGAACGUCAGGUCGAGAUCGCUGAUAACAUUCUCAAGGAAGAGAAGCAAAUGAAAAAGCGCUACCAGCAGCAGCCUCAACUUUGGCCCGAAAAGCAGCGAUCGAAGCGAAUAACCCGUCGUCGUCCGAAGCCAAAGUUCUUCAAGUCCACGAGCGGUUCGUCUUCCAUGGAGUAUAGUGCUGAUGUCGAGGAUAUUGGCGAGCACCUGUACUCGGGCAGGCUUGUAGCUGUGUCUUCAGAUGAUGAUGAUGACUUCUCACCGUACGGGGAGACCAGUCGAGAUGAGGCUAAGGAGGGAGAUUCCGAGGGAGAGGAUGGCGAGGAGCUUGCGAUGCCGGAGUUCAGAGGUCUGUGGGAGGAGCAAGGAGAACAGGGAGGUGAAAAGAGAGUCCGAAAAUUACAGUUUGCCACACACGCGCCGACGAAAAUGGAACAGGAAAUCAUGGAGCAGUCGCUAAUGAAGCAAAGAGCAGGCAUCGUUCAGAAGCAAGUCGCAGCAGGCCGAGAGUUCAAGGGUUGCGCCUUCUAUAGCAAGCCAGAAGUUAUCGUCUUCAAGGAUUUCGACGUUGGCAAGUCUUACCGCAAGAAAGUACUGCUGACAAACAUAUCGUACACACAGAACUUCUGUAAAUACCUCGGCAUGUCUCACGUCCUAAAGGACUUCAUUGAAGUCGCGUUUGAUCCACCUGGAGUCAUGUCUGCAGGGCUGACCUGUGACUUCUCAGUCACUUUUAAUCCUAUGCUGAACGAGAACCUCGAAGGCCAGAUUGACUUCCUGGCUCAAACUGGACCUUUCUCUGUGCCCAUCAAGUGCAUGACCAAGAAGUGCCAGUUGUCAGUUGAUGCGGUAGAAGUGGAUUUCGGGAGUCAGGUCGUUGGGGAGACGCGGAAGAAGGUUGUUGUUCUCACCAACAGUGGCGCACUUGGAACAGAAUUCGAAUUCCUGAAAAUUACAGGUCUAGACAGAUCAGAUGUCACUUCGGAAUUAUCCAGUAUUGGCGGCAUGACCAAUCCUGACGAAACUGAGGGCGAGGCUGCUGAACAGCCAUCAGAUGGACCUGUUGGUGAUGGCCCUCAAGAAGCUAGUGUCACCGAUGCUACCAUAGACAAGGAGGGAGAGCGGGGCGAUACUCCAGCUGUAGAGGCUGCCCCGGGUACUAUGGUAACUUUUGACGAGCCGCCUGGCUCUAAUGAUACGCCAGAUCAGCAAGAAGAGGCGGAGGCUCAGCCGGACGAGUCGGGCCCUGUAGCCAUGGGCUCUCCUGUCCCUACUGAAGUCACCGUGAUGGAGGGGCUAAGAGUGGGCAAGGUGGUGUCCGGCAGCAUCGCACCUUUCAGCACUGUUCAGUUAGAGGUCGUGUUUGCGCCGGUCAAGUCUGGUAGCACCAUGGCGGACUUCGAGAUCUCAUUUUCGGAUCCUCUGUCUCCUCCGAUAAUGCUGCGAGGUCGUGGUAAUGGUAUAGAUGUACCAGUGUGGGUGGAGCGAGAACUGGUCGAUCUCAAGAUUUGCAUGUAUGACCGACUCUACCAAGACGCGAUUCUCGUGCAUAACAGGGCAACAUCCGCGUUGCGCCUAAAGUUCGAGGUUUGCAAAGAAUUGCGCAAUCACCUUGAGCUGCUCCCCAAGAUGGCGUACAUCCAGGCCGGCUCGCAGUUCUCAGCCCAGCUAAAGUUCCUACCAAGGCUGUCCCUCCUUGAAGACUGCAAGGAGUAUUUUGACCCUGAGACCGGCGUGCUGGAUGCGCCCAUGGUUAUCAGAGUGGCGGAUCAGACUCGACCUGUGCCGUUCACCGUUCGUUCCGUCGUGACGUCGUCGGAUAUCGAGUUCAGCGUCAAAGAGUUGGACUUCGGCUUCUGCACCGUGUACGAGUCAGUGCGACACACCGUCACUUUGACCAACAAAUCCGUGUUGCCGCAACCUUACGGCUUCUGCGGCGUGCCAGACACGGUUGAUGUGCAGCCAAAUGAUGGGUUCGGUACACUUCUGCCGCUUGAAAGUCUAGACGUGGACAUCAUUUUCAACGCCAAGAAAGCCAAGGAGUACACAUUUGAGCUGACGUGUAAGUCCGGUAUUGGCCGUGAGUUCAAGCUGCCGUGUCGUGCCGUGGGCGUGCUACCACCCCUUGAGUUCUCUCACUCUGUGGUGGAAAUGAAGGCAACGGCUGUCGGUGACACUUCCUCCACUCAUCUAGAGGUCAUGAACUCGCACACGAGCGCUAACGAAUUCACUCAUCCUGUGCCCCGUAUCGGGACAGGGCCUAUAGUCGAUGUGGGCCCGACGUCAUUCGAGUUUGUGGUACCUGAUGGCGCACCCUUGACGGUGUCCCCGGCCGUUGGGACGGUCAACCCGGGACAGCGUUGUAUAAUUCACGUGACCUUCACGCCCGUGCUGGACCCAGACGAGGUAAGGAAGGAAGCCGUCAAGAUUCUAGAGCGAGAGGCGGAGGCGGAGAGAAAGCGGAAAGAGGCGGCGUCACCUGCCGAAAAGACACAGGAAUCCCCCUCUACCCAGAAAAAGAAAGGCGGCAAGAGUGGCGGCAAAAGCGCCAAGGUGUCCCCUAAGCCCACCGCUACACCCGCUACACCCACGCAGAGCGGUAAACAGAGCGCCAAGUCCCCCGUCAAGCUCCUCACCGUGGACGAAAUCAAGGAAGGGAGUGACGCUUACGAACAGGCGCACCUGUCACUGCUGCGCUCUUUCACCAACUCAUUCAACAGAUACACCAUCCCCUGCUUCGUGGCGCCAGGUCGAUGUUCAGCGCCAGGAACUCUCACAUGCAGCAUUCAUAAUACACUAUAUCUCGAUGUCCGCUGUCCUACCGUCCAGUCCAGCGUUGUUGUCAUGUCCGAUAAUGGCCGCACAGUGGCCGACUUCGGUAACGUGUCCAUUGGCCGGUCCGAACUCAAGACCGUCACCAUUCAGAAUAUAUCGGAUCAGACGGUUCACCUCAGCGCCUCUUUACUAGACCCCCUUGGCCCUUUCCAAAUGCUGAACGCGUUGAGGGUACUGGAACCACAGGCUACCCACACGGUCGUCAUGUCAUUCGGACCUUGUGCCCCGAGCGAGUAUCACGAGGUUCUUGAGAUCCGCUGUCCGAAGAACACGCUUUAUAUCCGGCUUAAAGGCAAGGGAGUCACCCCGGUCAUAUCGCUGUCUGUAGAGGGCGGGGUUCUGGAUCUUGGCGAUGCACUAGUCAACGAUACGGUCACUACUACAUUCAAGAUGUCAAACACGUCAGAGCUCUCCAUAUCGUACAACUUGAAGCUGGACAGCCUGUCCCCGCUACGUCACAGCAGAGCGCAGGUUCUACCACGCUUUCUUCAGCCAUACAACGACCUAGCGGAGACCAACCAACAUGUAGUCGGCCCUUCUAACUUCAAUGGCCUGGCGGUGAUCGAUUGCGUGCCGGCGCAAGGCACGAUAGGAGCAGGCGAGACUAAGGAGAUUACCGUGACCUUCACGCCGGACCACCCCAGUGAGCACUACGCCGACGAGAUGGCCGUGGAGAUAAACAAUGGGGAGAGAGCUCACACAGUGAAGCUGAUAGGCCGCGCCUGGCCUCAUAUUGUAUACGUGAGGGGCUGGGACGAGCUGACGCCAUGCGUUGAGUCGCUGGUCCCUGAUGGUGAUGAACAGGAGGACGAAGACCAAAAAGCUGAGCAGAAGACGGUGCUGCUGACCUUUAAAAGCUACUCCACGCCUGAGGGCUUCCUCGCCGCCGAGAGGAUCCUAGAGAUAGGCUCUAUUCGGUCCAGUACGCAGACCAAAAAGUCUUCCGAUUUCUUCUUCGAUAAUCCUAAAGAAGCGAACGAGAAGGGAUUCACCUUUGAUCCUAUGAAGGCUGGUGUUGAUAUCGGCGUCAAGCGAGAUGUCGUCUGCAAGUGGCUCCCACCUCCUGGCCACGACCCGAACGAGCCGGUAAACACCAGUACAAUGCUAACAGUGAAGGCUGAUGUCACAACCCAAUACAAGAUUCUACUUAAAGGCCUCAUUACAACAGACCCAAGUGCUGCGCAUGCGCAGCUAGAAGCCGCUGACAAACAGAGUGGUACCGCUGACUCGAAGUCGUAGUACAGAAAAAGUGCGGAGGUGUUUUCCUAUUGUUUGGUUUAUUUAUUCGCACAAUUAUGCUUCGCACUUUUGCAUUUUAUCAAGUUUGCAUUAUUUUAGUGUGACAAUAAUUUGAGAUAUUAUUGUAAAUCUUUGCAAGCUUUAAAAUAUAAAUUUCAAAGUAGUAA